AUGGAGACGCUGAACGGCCCCGCGGGCGGCGGCGCCCCGGACGCGAAGCCGCAGCCGGCCGGGCAGCACCACCGCCACCACCACCUCCACCCGCUGGCCGAGAGGAAGCGGCUCCACCGCGCGCCCUCGCCCGCCAGACCCUUCCUCAAGGACCUGCACGCCCGGCCCUCCGCGCCCGGCCCGGCCCCGGCCCCGGCCGUCCCCUCCUCGGGCCGAGCCCCGGCGCCCGGCGCCCCGCGCUCACCCAGUCUCAUGGGCAAGGCGCCGCCCUCGCCGGGGCCCCUGGCCGCGCCUGGACGCCUCUCCCGGCGCAGUGGCGGCGUCCCCGGCGCGAAGGACAAGCCGCCGCCGGGCGCCGGGACUAGGGCAGGGGUCGGUACCAAGGCCGCCCCAGGAACCAGGAGGGCGGCGCGCGCGGCACCCGCCGAGGCGCUGCCCAGGGUCGGGAAGCCGCCCGGGGUCGAGCCGCCGCCCGCCGCUGCCAAGGGCCGCAAAGCCAAGCGCGGCUCCGGGGCGCUCCCCGCCCGCACCGUCGUCCCCCCGGCCGCCCCGGUCCCCACCGUGACCCUCGCCGUGACCUCGGCGGCCGGCUCCCCGGCUCCCGGCUCGCGCAUCAGCCACACGGACAGCAGCUCCGACCUCUCCGACUGCCCCUCUGAGCCCCUGUCGGACGAGCAGCGCCUGCUCCCCGCCGCCAGCAGCGACGCCGAGUCCGGCACCGGCUCCAGCGACCGAGAGCCCCCGCGAGGAGCGCCCACGCCGAGCCCCGCGGCCCGGGGGGCGCCGCCGGGCAGCCCCGAACCCCCCGCGCUCCUCGCCGCGCCUCCCGUUGCCGGCGCCUGUUUCGGGGGCCGGAGCAGCCCGGGCGGGGCCCCCGGGACCCCUAAGGACUCCAGCCCGGGCGAGCAGCCCCGGCUCGUGCAGGCGGCGGAGGAUGCGGAGCUGCUGCGGGAGAUGGAGGAACUGCGCUCGGAGAACGACUAUCUCAAGGAUGAGUUAGAUGAACUCCGUGCUGAGAUGGAAGAGAUGAGAGACAGUUACUUGGAGGAAGAUGUUUACCAGCUGCAGGAACUUCGGCGAGAACUGGACCGUGCUAAUAAAAACUGCCGAAUCCUGCAGUAUCGCCUCAGGAAAGCCGAGCAGAAGAGCCUGAAAGUUGCGGAGACGGGUCAGGUGGAUGGUGAGCUUAUCAGAAGCCUGGAGCAGGACUUGAAGGUAGCCAAAGAUGUAUCUGUCAGAUUGCACCAUGAACUUGAGACGGUGGAGGAAAAGCGUGCUAAAGCUGAGGAGGAAAAUGAAACUCUCCGACAGCAGAUGAUUGAAGUGGAAGUAUCCAAACAGGCCCUGCAGAAUGAGCUGGAGAGGCUGAAGGAGAGUUCUCUAAAACGAAGAGGCAGUCGGGAAAUGUACAAAGAGAAGAAAACGUUUAACCAGGAUGACAGUGCGGAUUUGAAGUGCCAGCUUCAGUUUGCCAAAGAGGAAGCCUCCCUGAUGCGCAAAAAGAUGGCCAAACUAGGAAGGGAGAAAGACGAACUGGAACAGGAGCUGCAGAAGUACAAGUCCCUCUACGGCGACGUGGACAGCCCCCUCCCGACCAGGGAGGCCGGCGGGCCCCCCAGCACCCGGGAGGCGGAGCUGAAGCUGCGGCUGAAGUUGGUGGAGGAGGAAGCCAACAUCCUGGGCAGGAAGAUCGUGGAGCUAGAGGUGGAGAACCGAGGCCUCAAGGCGGAGAUGGAGGACAUGAGGGGCCCACAGGAGCGCGAGGGCGCUGGCCGGGACCCGGUGCCAAGCAUCCCGACCUCACCCUUCGGCGACUCCCCAGACUCCUCGGCGGAGCUGCGCCGGCACCUGCAGUUUGUAGAAGAGGAAGCGGAGCUGCUCCGGAGGUCCAUAUCCGAGAUCGAAGACCACAACCGGCAGCUGACCCGUGAGCUGAGCAAGUUCAAGUUCGAGCCCCGCCUGGAGCCGGCGUGGCUUGGGGACAGCGUGGGUCGGGGCGCCGGCGGCGGGCCCCCCCUGCAGGAGGAGCUGCAGGCAGCCAGGCUGCAGAUCAGCGAGCUCAGCGGGAAGGUGCUCAAGCUGCAGUAUGAGAAUCGCGUGCUGCUGUCCAGCGUCCAGCGCUGCGAUCUGGCCGCUCACCUGGGGCUGCGGGCCCCAAGCCCCCGGGACAGCGACGCUGACAGCGACGUGGGCAAGAAGGAGAGUGACAGCGAGGAGGGCCGCCCGCCCCAGCCCAAGCGGGAGGGCCCCGUGGGUGGGGAGAGUGACUCGGAGGAGAUGUUUGAGAAGACGUCGGGCUUUGGGAGCGGGAAGCCAUCGGAGGCCAGCGAGCCAAGCACAGCGGAGCUCCUGCGGGCGCGGGAGGACCUGGACUGCCUGGUGACCAUAAGGCACGAGGCCCAGCGGCUGGAGCGGACCGUGGAGCGCCUCCUCGCGGACACCGACCGCUUCAUCCGGGACACCUUGCCACCAGGGCCUGGUGUCCAGGGCAAAGGGGAGCGGGGCGAGGGGUGCCAGAGUGAGCCCACCCUGCUGGAGACCGUCAACGCCAAGAUGAAGGCCUUCAGGAAGGAGCUGCAGGCCUUCCUGGAGCAGGUGACCCGGGUGGGCGACGGCUUGUCGCCCUUGCCCCACCUCACGGAGUCCUCCAGCUUCCUGUCCACUGCCACCUCCGCAUCCCGGGACUCUCCCAUCGGGACCCUGGGGAAGGAGCUGGGCCUGGACUUGCAGUCCAAACUGAGAGACCAGCUGGAGUGGCAGCUGGGUCAGGACGGCGGGGACGAGUGGGACAGCCUGAGCCUCCGAGCCACACAGGAGCUGCACCGCCGGGCUGAUGGGGACACCGGGAGCCGCAAGCCGGGAGGCCAGAGCUGCUUCCAUCUAGAGCUCAGGGGCCCCCCCGUUUUACCUGAGCAGAGUGUAUCGAUAGAAGAGCUACAGGGUCAGCUCGCGCAGGCGGCCAGACUGCGUCAAGAGGAGACAGAGACCUUUACAGACAAGAUCCGUAAGAUGGAGGAGGAGCACCUCUAUGCCUUGAGGUGGAAAGAACUGGAAAUGCACAGCCUGGCUUUGCAAAACACCCUCCAUGAGCGAACCUGGAGUGAUGAGAAGAAUCUGAUGCAGCAGGAGCUCCGGUCCUUGAAGCAGAACAUCUUCCUCUUCUACGUCAAACUCAGGUGGCUGCUGAAACACUGGCGGCAAGGGAAGCAGAUGGAGGAGGAAGGAGAGGAUUUCACUGAGGCUGAGCAUCCAGAGACCGCCCCUGGGCUUGGUGAGCUUGGUGUCCAGGGGGGCUACCAGGUGGACAGACCAGACCAAAAUGAUGGUGAUCGAGGCUGUGGCUUUCUGAUGGGGGAGCAUUCCCCACACUCCUUGGUGCAGGUCGGCGACCACGGCUCACGGCUGCAGACUGUGGACGGGGGACAGCUCCACAAGCAGGUGGUGGAAAACCAGCAGCUGUUCGCUGCCCUCAGGGCCCUGCUGGAGAACCUGCACGCGGAGCUGCGGGAAGACCAGUUGGCCCGGCGGCGGCUGCAGCAGCAGUAUGCCAGUGACAAGGCCACCUGGGACGUGGAGUGGGCCAUGCUCAAGUGCCGCCUGGAACAGCUGGAAGAGAAGACCGAGAAAAACUUGGGAGAACUAGGCUCCUCUGCCGAGAGCAAAGGGGCCUUGAAGAAGGAGAGAGAGGUGCACCAGAAGCUCCUGGCUGACAGUCACAGCCUGGUCAUGGAACUGCGCUGGCAGAUCCAUCACAGUGAGAAGAAUUGGAACCGGGAGAAAGUGGAGCUUCUUGAGCGCCUGGACAGAGAGCGGCAAGAGUGGGAACGGCAGAAGAAAGAGCUCUUAUGGAGGAUAGAGCAGUUGCAGAAAGAGAACAGUCCCCGGAGAAGUGGCAGUUUCCUAUGUGAUCAGAAAGAAAGCGGCAUCCGCCCCUUCUCCCACCAGGGCAGCCUCCAUGUGUCCCGACCUGUGUCAAUAUGGCCCUGCACAGAUGCUGACUCCACCCAAUUUGAAGACCUGCCAUUGUCGAAGCUAAAGGAAUCAGACAGGUGCUCGGCCAGUGAGGACCUCUACCUGGAUGCCUUGUGCCUAGACGAUGAGCCGGAGGAGCCGCUGCCCCGCAGGCCCGAGAGGGAGUUCAGGAACCGCCUCCCCGAGGAAGAAGAAAGUCACAAGGGGAAUCUUCAGAGGGUGGUGUCUGUGUCCUCCAUGUCCGAGUUCCAGAGCCUGAUGGAUGGCUCCCCCUUCCUGCCUGAGAAGGGCCUACCAUGUGCCAGCAGCAAGGAGGACAUCACUCCACCCCUGUCUCCUGACGACCUCAAGUACAUCGAGGAAUUCAACAGCAACAGUUGGGACUAUGCGCCCACCAGGGGCCAUGGCGGGGCUGGGACCAAGCGGCCCCCAGACAUCUGGACAGACAGGACUGAGGUGGGGCAGGCCGGGCGCGAGGCCACCGCUGAGCCUUUCCCCAACUCCUCCUGGUAUCUGACCACAAGUGUUACCAUGACCACAGACACCAUGACCAGCCCAGAGCACUGCCAGAAGCAGCCACGGAGGAGCCAUGUGGUCGCUGAGCAGUUGGGGGUGCGCAUGCUGCAUAGCCCUCCCACCGUCCACAGGGUUGACAGCAUCGCGGCGGCGGGUGGUGAGGCUAGGGGCCGGCUGGACCCUGAAGGCCCCUUUCCCAUGAGCAGAGCCCGAGGGAGCCUGGCAGACGCCAAGGGGGAUCCUCCGGACUCCGUGCUCAGCAGGUGGCCUUGUGCUCCCUCCAGACACCCUCGAGACUUUGUGGAGGGGGCGCUCUGUCCCCUCGACAGUCCCCUUUGCACCCCCCUAGGUUUUGCCUCCCCACUGCACAGCCUAGAGAUGUCCAAGAACAUGAGUGAUGACAUGAAGGAGGUGGCCUUCUCUGUCAGGAAUGCCAUCUGCUCUGGUCCCACCCAGCCACAAGUCAAGGAUACAGCCUGCCAGACCAAUGGGUCCCGGACGAUGGGGACGCAGACCAUCCAGACCAUCACUGUGGGCCUGCAGACCGAAGCCCUACGUGGCAGUGGCGUCACCAGCAGCCCCCAUAAGUGUCUCACGCCAAAGGCCGGGGGCAGCACCACACCCGUGUCAUCCCCUUCCCGCAGCCUUAGGAGCAGGCAGGUGGCCCCUGCCAUCGAGAAGGUGCAGGCCAAGUUUGAACGCACAUGCUGCUCCCCGAAGUACGGGUCUCCCAAGCUACAGAGGAAACCUCUCCCCAAAGCUGACCAGCCCAAUAACAGGACCGCACCAGGGACAGCCCCGAGAGGGUACAGUGAGUCAGCCUGGGCCCGGUCUACCACCACGCGGGAGAGUCCUGUGCUCACCACCAUCAACGAUGGGCUCUCCAGCCUCUUCAAUAUCAUUGACCACAGCCCUGUGGUGCAGGACCCCUUCCAGAAGGGGCCGUGGGCUGGAAGUCGGUCUCGUUCGGCAGAGCCCCAGCCAGAGCUGGGCCUGGGCCAGGAGACAGGCACCAGCUCCCGAGGAAGGUCACCCAGCCCCAUUGGGGUGGGCUCAGAGACAUGCAGGGAAGACGGGGGAGAGGGCACACCAGUGAAACAGGAUCUAUCUGCACCCCCUGGUUACACGCUCACCAAGAAUGUGGCCCGGAUUCUCCACAAGAAGCUGCUGGAACAUGCCUUAAAGGAGGAGAGGAGGCAGGCCUCCCACGGCCCCCCAAGUCUUAACGGUGACAGCCACUCAGGAGAAAUGGGCAUAACUGAACCAGGGACCAUGGAGGAACUACCUUGUUCUGCACUUGCUCCGCCCCUAGAGUCCUGCUUCUCUAGGCCCGAGAGACCAGCAAACCGUCGCCCUCCAUCCCGGUGGGCCCCACAGUCCCCGACUGCCUCACAGUCUCAGUCACCUGGAGACCCGACGUCCUUGGAGGAGCAUGGUGACGAGGAACCACCAGAGGAGAAGCUACACCCAUGAUGCCAGCUUGCAUGGAUUGUCACCGAAUAAUUCACUGUAAUCUGCAUAACCACACCAUCUUCACCAACCAGACUCUGCCCACAAGAAGAGAUCUAGUUUUCUCAAGGUCAAAGAAUGUUUUUUAAAAACACACAGCUGCUGAAUGUUCAACCUGUGAAACUGAGAUGUUUCUAGAAUGAAACAGUAAAUGUGCCUGUAAUAACUUAAUUUUUUUCAUAGCUCAGAAAACUAUUUUUGUCUCCAUCUUUUUUACACACAGUAUAUUAAACAAAAGAGGUAAAUAAGGUAUAAAAAGAUAAAAAAUAAAAGUUUUAAAAAUGUACAUUUUAAGAGAUUCUGAACACCACUGCUGUCAAUACUGACUGCCUCUCUGUUAAAUUUGCACUGUUACAUUUUGGUUUGGUUUAUUUCCAUGUUGAAUUAGAGUGUUUUAAGUUAAUUUUAUUUUGUCAGUAUUAUGUACUACUUUCAAAGAAAUUUUUAAAUGCUUUAGACUGUCGGAUUCAGUGACCUUUUUAUAGUAAAAAAGCCAUGAAGCCAGUAGAUAAGACAGAUAUUCUACAAAUUGGAGGGGAUACAGGUCAACAUUUUUGAAAAGGUACAGAGUCCUCAGAUGGACUUAGAAAAUUCUCUGUGUAAUCCACAUAUUAUUCUACUUGACUUGCACAUCUUUGGUGCACGUACAUACUGCUACUGUGUCCUCGCCGUCACCUAAAUGUGAGUCAGUCUGUUCCACUGUAACAUGUCGUGAAUUUCCUUGUACUGUACUUUUAUUGUCAGUCCUCUUGCAUUGAUGAUACUACAGCAACAACAUUUUUAAAUUAUUGUUAAAAGACUAACUGGCAAUGUACAGAGUUUACUCAAACUGUUCUUAUUUAAAGAAAAGCACUACAGAAAGCCACAAGGAUACCAAACUGAAACAAAAGACAGUGCCUCUGAGUCUGUGUGAGAUCAUGAUGAAGUAGAAAUAAAACCUCUACAAGACGGCAGCGUGUCCUCGGAUCUCACGUGUCACGUGCCCUCCGUCUUCUCCAGAGGACUCAAACGGAAAGUUUCCCAUGGCCAGGGGAAGGAGGAAGGGGCAGAUCGUGUAAAAAGGUCACAGCCACCAGCUUAUCUCAGGAGAACGCACGCUUGAGUCCAUGAUCACAUUGCAGGGGUGCUGUGCUCUGUAAGGGUCCUGGGAUAAAAGAGGCAGCUUUGUUCAUGUUGAAAAAGCCAAAACUGGGCUGUGGGCAGGGUGUGAGGAAACUGGUACCUACAAGUCAAAGUUUACCAUUAGGAAGGAGGGAGUGGCCUGUAACUCCAGAAGAGGCCUUUGCAUCUCUGAUGUGGAUGUAGCCUGACCGGUUAGUGUCUGAUGGAGCUUACAUGGGAGUGGUGCUGCUGAAGACCACAAGACUAUCUUAGGCCAAAGCUUCUGGCUUUAAUGUCUCACCCAACAAUUUUCUUCUUAUCUAGUUCUGUUCCCAGCAUUACGACAGUUCCAUCUUUAAACUUAAAUAUUUUUAAAAACCAGAAAACAAGGGUUGGUGAAGAUGUGGAGAAAUUGGGACCCUUGUGCACGGCUGGUGGGAAUGUCAAAUGGAGUGGCCACUGCGGAGGACAGUGUGGCGGUUCCUCACAAGUUAGACAUAGGACUACCACAUGAUUCAGCAAUCCCACUUCUGGGUACAUACCGCAAAGAAUUGCAAUCAGGGACUCAUACAGACAUUUCUACGCCCAUGUUCAUAGCAGCGUUAUUCAUAAAAACCAAAAGGUAGAAACACCUCAAAUGUCCAUCGACAGAUCAACAGGUAAACAAAAUGUAGUAUAUACAUAUAAUGGAAUAUUAUUCAGCCUUAAAAAGGAAUGAAAUUCUGACACAUGCUACAACAUGGAUGAAUGAACCUUCAGGAUGUUAUUCUAAGUGAAAUAAGCUAGUCAUGAAAACAAUUAUUGUAUGAUCCCAUUUAUACAUCUGGAAUAGCCAAAUUCAUAGAGACAGAAGGUAAAACAAUGGUUCCCAGGAGUCGAGGGAGGAAGGAAUGGUGAAUUGGUGUGUAAUGGGAACGCAGUUUCAGUUUGGGAAGAUGAAAAAGACCUGGAGAUGGAUGGUUGUGAUGAGUUGUACACUUAAAAAUGGUUA